CCUCUCGGUACGCCCAGCCCUGCAGCCGGUGCUUUGCUGGAAGCCCGUCUUUCCCGGAAGUGGCCCGGGCCAGUCCUUCGGGGUCCCCAUUGCCCGCUGCUGCUGAGGGCCCCGGGGGCGGCGGCGAUGGCGGAGGCGGCGCUGCUGCUGCUGCCCGAGGCGGCGGCGGAGUCGGACGCUCGGGAGAGGCUGGCUCUCUGGGAUCGGAGACCCGACACCACGGCGCCGCUGACCGCCCGGCAGACGGACUCGGUGCUGGAGCUGAAGGCGGCGGCGGAGAACCUGCCGGUGCCGGCCGAGCUCCCAAUUGAAGACUUAUGCAAUUUAACGUCCCAGUCGCUGCCCAUUUCACAGACUUCAAUAGUACCUGAAUCUACAGAAGACAUUCUCUUGAAUGGUUUCAUUUCAUUAGAAAUGGAAGAAGAAAAAAUAGAAACGGCACAGCAGUUUUUCUCAUGGUUUGCAAAGCUACAAACUCAGAUGGAUCAGGAUGAAGAAACUAAAUAUAGACAGAUGAGGGAUUACUUGUCUGGGUUUCAGGAGCAGUGUGAUGCUAUAUUGAAUGAUGUAAACAAUGCUCUUCAGCAUCUGGAAUCAUUGCAGAAACAGUAUCUUUUUGUGUCCAAUAAGACAGGAACCCUACACGAAGCCUGUGAACAACUCCUAAAAGAACAGUCGGAACUUGUUGAUCUGGCUGAAAACAUUCAACAAAAGCUUUCCUAUUUCAAUGAAUUGGAAACUAUUAACACAAAAUUGAAUUCUCCUACAUUGUCUGUGAAUAGUGAAGGAUUUAUACCUAUGCUGGCCAAGUUAGAUGACUGUAUAACAUAUAUCUCAUGUCAUCCGAAUUUUAAAGAUUAUCCUGUAUAUUUACUGAAGUUUAAGCAAUGUCUUUCUAAAGCUCUGCACCUCAUGAAGACAUACACUGUGAACACUCUACAGAACCUCACAAAUCAGUUAUUAAAAAGGGAUCCUUCAUCUGUACCUAAUGCAGACAAUGCUUUCACACUAUUUUAUGUGAAAUUUCGAACUGCUGCUCCCAAAGUCAGAACUCUUAUUGAACAAAUAGAACAGCGAUCUGAAAAAAUACCUGAAUACCAACAAGUGCUAAAUGACAUCCAUCAGUGUUACCUUGAUCAGCGGGAGCUCCUUUUGGGGCCUAGUAUUACUUGUACUGUAACAGAGUUAACCAGCCAGAAUAACAGAGAUCAUUGUGCCUUGAUUCGCAGUGGCUGUGCCUUUAUGGUCCAUGUGUGCCAGGAUGAGCACCAACUUUACAAUGAAUUUUUCACAAAACCAACAUCAAAAUUAGAUGAACUUUUGGAGAAACUGUGUGUGUCAUUGUAUGAUGUCUUCAGGCCAUUGAUCAUUCAUGUUAUUCACUUAGAGACGCUUUCAGAACUUUGUGGGAUUCUUAAAAAUGAGGUGCUGGAAGAUCAUGUACAGAACAAUGCUGAACAACUAGGGGCAUUUGCAGCUGGAGUAAAGCAGAUGUUGGAAGAUGUACAAGAGCGGCUCGUCUACAGAACCCACAUCUACAUUCAGACAGACAUCAUUGGCUACAAGCCGGCUCCUGGAGAUCUGGCAUAUCCUGAUAAGUUAGUAAUGAUGGAGCAAAUUGCACAGAGUUUAAAAGAUGAACAGAAGAAGGUACUUUCAGAAGCUUCAUUUUCAGAUGUUCGGUUAGAAGAAACAGAGUCUAAUAAUCUGACAAAAUCUGGUUCAACAGAAUCUCUCAAUCCUAGACCACAGACCACAAUUUCUCCAGCAGAUCUUCAUGGAAUGUGGUAUCCUACAGUUCGACGAACUCUUGUCUGUCUCUCUAAAUUGUACAGAUGCAUAGAUAGGGCGGUGUUCCAAGGAUUAUCACAGGAAGCCUUGUCUGCCUGCAUUCAGUCGUUACUUGGAGCAUCAGAAUCUAUCAGCAAAAACAAGACUCAGAUUGAUGGACAACUUUUUUUAAUAAAGCAUCUUUUGAUUCUUCGUGAACAAAUUGCUCCAUUUCACACUGAAUUCACCAUUAAGGAAAUUUCCCUGGACCUCAAGAAAACUAGAGAUGCAGCAUUUAAAAUCCUGAACCCUAUGACUGUUCCAAGAUUUUUUAGGCUGAAUAGCAACAAUGCCUUGAUAGAGUUCUUGUUGGAGGGCACUCCUGAGAUAAGAGAACAUUAUCUCGACUCUAAAAAAGAUGUAGACCGUCAUCUGAAAUCGGCCUGUGAACAGUUCAUUCAGCAGCAGACCAAGCAGUUUGUAGAGCAGCUGGAGGAGUUCAUGACAAAGGUUUCAGCAUUAAAAACAAUGGCCAGUCAGGGAGGACCCAAGUACACUCUCUCACAGCAGCCGUGGGCACAACCAGCAAAGGUCAGUGACCUUGUGGCAAGUGUCUACAAGACCAUAAAAGCAAAGCUGCCUCUGACCUUGAGAAGUAUGUCAUUGUACCUAUCCAAUAAAGAUACCGAGUUCAUCUUGUUUAAACCUGUUAGGAAUAAUGUUCAGCAAGUCUUCCAGAAGCUCCAUGUUUUGUUAAAGGAAGAGUUCAGUCCUGAAGAUAUCCACAUCAUUGCUUGUCCUACUAUGGAACAGCUGAACCUCUUACUGUCAGUUUCUAAGUAACCAGACCAGUCCGGCGGAGCUUGUAAGUGGUCUGUCCAGGAGCGGCUGAGAGGCAGGCGGCUGCGGACGCGAGGCACUGUCCUGGGAAUGUCCCCGAGAACCACUCAGGCGUGCUCCUCCCCGCGGACUGCAGGGUGACAUACAAGCAGGGGGUUAAAAAUGGCUGUUUCCCUUGUAAAAACAUCAAAAUGCCAAAGAUUAAUCUAUGAGCAGCAGUACUUGCUUCAUUUAAAUGGCCUCAAGAAAUGUAAGUUUUUAAGAGGUAACCAUGGUGAGCACGCGGUGAAAUGGUUCUCUGCAAAAGAUGUGCAAUGAAAAUAGGUUGCAAUAGAUAGUGUGGAGAAGAACUUUAUGGAAAUACUGCUAAUUAGGAAGCUUCUAAGAGUAAGGUUUCUUAACGCGUGAAACACUGCAACACUUUUAACCACUGAGCAUUCCACAGUGAUUAUUAUUAUUUUUUUACUUCUAGAAAUGUUAUUUCUACAUUCAAUAUAAUGUUUCUCCUGUCACAUUGAAAUUUAGUUAGGAGUAGAUUGGAUGCUUCUGAGAACACAUGCUGCUUUUCUGGGAAUUCAGGGUGUUAUCUCCUGUGUUUAAAAAAUACAUUUUUACUAGAGGCCCAGUGCACGAACUCAUGUAUGGGUGGGGUCCGGCCGGCCCACCUGAUUGGGGCUGUUUGGGGCUGGGCUGGCCGGGAGGAGGGGCUGCGGGAGGUUGGCUGCUGGCCCUGGCCCUGAUCGGGGUCCAUUCAGGGCUGGGCUGGCAAGGGGUAGGGGGAGCCUCCUGUGGGGAGGGGCCACAGGAGUUGGCCGGCCGGCCCCGCCCCCGAUCGGGCUGGUUGGCUGGCUGCAGUGCGCGUCAUAGCGACCGGUAGUUCUGGUCGUUGCAGUCGCUUGACGUUUAUAUAUAUAUAGAUUGUUAUUUUGUUAAUCCUCACCAGAGGAUAUUUUUUCCAUUGAUUUUUUUUUUUUUAGAGAGUUGAAAGGCGGGGCAGGAGAGGGGAAGAGAGAAACAUUGAUGUGAAAAAGAUAUACUACUCGUUUGCCUCCUGCAUGCUCCUGAAAUGGGGCUGGGAAACAAAUCUGCAACCCAGGUACAUGCCUUUGACCAGGAAUUGAAUGCAUGACCCUUUGGUGCGCGGCCAGUGCUCUACUACUGAGCCACGCCAAUAGGGCUCUAUUUUGGGAAGGUAAAAUAUCAUCAUCAUCAUUAUUAUUAUUAUUGAAUUUAUUGGGUUGACAUUGAUUAACAAAAUCAUACAGGUUUCAAGUGUACAACUCUGUAAUGUCCUCUGCACACUGCAUCGUGUGCUCACCACCCAAAAUCAAGUCUCUUUCUGCCACCCUUUGCCCUCCCUUUGCCCUCUUCUACCUCCUCCCACCCCUUUUCCUGUGUUUUUGAUGUGUUAGUUUCAAGAGUCAGGGACCUCAGGGAAGGUCCCAGUGUCUGUAUUCCUUGAAUUGCAGGGGGUUGCAGCCUGCACAUGUGCAGGAUCUAGUGUGAAUUUUCAUGGCACAACAGCCAGUGUUUGUGCCUGGGAAGUACUGUCAUGUGUGCUAACUGUACACACAGGAGAGAAGGAAACCUGAUGAAUAGCAUAUCUCAUGCCUGCAGGUCAAGGUUACCAGCCUUCUGUACACUGCCUUCAGGUUUAGUAGUUCUUUAUAUUCAGUGGUUGUGCCUGUACCCGCUACAGCAAAUACAUUUUACUAACAAAGACAAGGAGGAUGAGGAUGGCCCACCCUUAGCAUCUACCACACUGUAUCAGGGAUCGUCAAAUACAUUAUGCACUUCUUUGAAUUUUCCUACAAAUACCUAUUUCCUGGGUGGGUUACUUUUGCCUCUGAGAGUCAAUGCAGCCUGCUUUUUAGAUUGAAAGGAAUUUUGAGCAUUCACACACUAGCCUAGAGAUGGAGCACUGACAGGUGUUGUGGAAUGUGGCCAGCAGACCUCAUUCUGCGUGACUAGCAGGCUUUCUCAUCCCCUUAGAGCAGAUGCCCGCAGUGUGUAGGUAGGUUACAUGUCUGUCAUUUUAAACAGGUCACUCGUUUUUCAACUCAGUUUAAGUUAGUGAUGUAUGUUGCUUGAUAGGGCUAUAUUUUGGGAAGGUAAAGAAGAUCCAUAUUCAUUCUUUGACAUGAAAUGAAUGAAAUAGGAAGAUUGAAUCUACUUCCAUUUACUAUUUAAAAUACAUGUUUAAUGAAAUAUACUGUAAAAUACCCAGUUUUGUGUAUUAUGUUGUAUAUUUGAUUUUUAAAAAGCCUUUCCAAAGAAAUAAGGGCAUGAUUAAUGUACUAUACUAUGAUUGAUGUAAUUUGAUGUACAGAGCAGUGUGUGUUCUUAAGGAUCAAAAUAUUUGACAGCACUUGUUCUCGUGUUGAAUCUUAUUUCUGAAACACUCAAACACCUUACCAAGUGCUGAGUAGGUGGUAGUGGUCCAACUUGUUUGCUAAAUGAAUAUUUGUUUAAAUCUGUACAGUUUCAAGUGUUUACUUAUACAAAGAGUGUACAUACUUUCAAAUAAUUAAUUUAAAAGGCUUUAUAUUAUUUAGCUAGAAAUUGCUGUUUUUAAGAAAUGUGAAUUUUUAAAAAAACAAAGAUUUUUGCUUCCUAA